AUACGCUGCGAACCGAUGACGUAUGACGAUCACGACGUUAGCCAUUGGCUGGUUCAAAAGGAAGACGAUUUGAGCGCUAACGGCUUGUUCAUUUGUGUUGCUCUGGGAACAGACGUUUCGGUGAGCUGUCAAGUUACACGUUUUCAGACCAUGGAAGGAAGCGAGUCCGGGGACAAGUCUCAUCUCUACGAGUUUGACGCCCCGUCCCACGUAGUGGACCUCGUAACGUUACAACUGGAGAAUGCCGAAAGCGAAGACAGCUGGUUCGAACAACAGAGCAGUGGAGCCGGCGGCCAUCUUAGAAGUCCGAGGCCUACCCAGUCCUUCAGGAGGAGCCAUGCGUCCAACCUGCCUCGAGCCAUAGUAGCCCCGCAAGGCAAGACACCCGGGGACUCUGCCGGUCCUGGGACGUCCACGUCUCCACCGCCAAACAUAGUCACCUCCUGGGGGGGUGGGUCUCCUGCUCGGACUGGUGCACGGCAGAAGACUCGGACCGCCGCCGCGCAACUCCCUGCCCAACCACGCAGGGUUUCCAAGCGUAAAGAGAUGGCCAACGGUCCAGCCUCGCCACCGCCGAAGAAAUCCAAAAAAACUCCUCCUGCUGCCCGAAAAUCCAGCAGUGUCCUCCGCAGCAAGAGGCAGUCAUAUGCCAGGAAUGCCCCCAAGACCCAGGCGGUGGCAGCUCCCACUACUUCCAACUCAGAGCCAAAUAGCUCUGAAGGCCAGGAGCUGGAGCGCAUCCGGCUCCUCCAGAGCGAGGUAGCGCUGCAUCGCAGAAGGAACGAGGCCAGCUACAAAGCUGCUCUGGCUGGCAAUCCACCACCAAAGAAGAUGUUGCUGUCGGGGACUGUGCCUAAAGAAUUCAACUUCAACACAAGCAGCCGCACAAAGGCGCCCGCGUCCUCCAGUGAUGCCCAAAAGGAAGUGGACUUUAUCCUUCAGCUCCGCAAGCCCUCCUCCCACGCAAAGGGUUUGAGAGGCGCCACAGUGCCGAAACCCUUCAACCUGUCGACGGGUACCAAGAGGGAGGCGGAGGAUCCGGCUGCCUACGUGCCCAUGGCUCAGCAGAUAGAGCGCUACCUGAAGCAGACCCCGGAGCGCUACCACCUGCGCAGCCGCAAGAGUCGAGAUGGAGGGCCGUCGGCGGUGAAGGGUGACAAGCUGAAGCUCACGCAGCCUCACACGCCACAGCUGAUGACCCGCCAGAGGAGCCGGCCCACCACCGUGAAGAGCAGCGCCGAACUGGAGGAGGAAGAAGCAGAAAGACUUCACAAGUUUAAGUUCAACGCCCUGGAGCUGAACAAGAAGAUUCUGGAGGGCGCCGAGUGCCUGAAGAAGCCGGCAGCGAAGGCGCCCACCGUACCCGAAGGCUUCGAGCUGCAGAUUGAUAAAAGGAUCCACGAGAGACAGGCGACCAAGAAGCCUCAGGAAGGGGACGAGAAGCCGCACACCUUCAAAGCCCAGGAGCUGCCCAGAAAGAUCCUGGAAGGAGUGGUGGGAUUACCGGAGAAGAAGGUUCUGAACCCGACUGUGCCGGAGUCUCCGGCGUUCCUCCUGAAGAAGAGGGUUCGUCUGGACGCCAAGGUGGAGGAGGUGAAGCAGCCCUUGCCCAUCAAGGCCCCCCCGGUGCCUCAUUUCGGGCUCCCGUUCCAGCCCCAGCUGCAGGAGAACCACCACGUGGAGGUCUGCCCGUUCUCCUUCGAGGAGCGGGAGCGAGAGAGGAGGGCUCUGAAGGAAAAGAGGCUGGCGGAGAAGAGAAACGAAGAGGUUCCGGUCUUUAAGGCCCAGCCGCUGCCGGACUUCGACACGGUGGUCCUCCCCGAGAAGAAGAAGCUGGAGCCCACCAAGCCGGAGCCCUUCAAACUGCUGCUGGAUGAGCGCGGCGCUGUGAAGAGCAGCCGCUGGGAGCAGAUGGUUAAAGAAGAGCAGAAACGGGAGGAAGGGCCGACGUUUAAAGCCAGGCCCAACACGGUCACCCAUAAAGAGCCGUUCCAGCCCAAAAAGGAGCCCCGGGCCCCCGUGGCGGUGGAGGCCUUCGAGCUGUCGACGGAGCGGCGGGCGCGCGAGCGCCACGAGUUUGAGCAGCUGGCCAAUGAGAAGGAGGCGCUGAGGAUGCGCAUGGAGGAGCAGCAGAGGCAAGAGGAGGAGCAGAGGCAGAAGGAGGAGAUCGCCCGGCUGCGCCAAGAACAGGUUCACGCCGCUCAGCCCAUCCGUCACUACAAGCCCGUCGCCGUGAAGAAGAGCGACGUUCCCCUCACGGUCCCGCAGUCGCCCAACUUCUCCGACCGCUUCCGCGUCUGAUCAACACGCCGCAACUUCACAGAAAUCUGCAUAUUUUACCUCUAUUUUACUGUUUUUCAUCUUUUCUAAAACUCUUCCGUCUUUUAGAUAGUUUCCCUGAAUAACAACGUGAACUAAAUGUGUAUUUGGAGUUCCUGAAGCUGUUCUGUCUAUCCCUCGUUGAGCUAACGUAACCGCGUGAUGUACAGUAUGUUUUCUCUUCUGCUUUCCGGUAUCUUUACACCAGAAGUGUUUUUAUUUAACAUUUGGUCUGUGGUGUGGACAGUUUUAUCCUCUUAACUCGCCACGCAACCCCAAAUAUUUACUCUCUUUGCCAGUUUUCUUAUUUUAUUUUUUACUCUAAUAAAUUUUACCAAAUAUUCCCAA